AUGGAGGGCUCCGGAAAGAUGCUUGUGAUUGCCGUGGGCCCCAACUCCCAGGCCGGCAUCAUUUUCGCCCUGCUCGGUGCUGCCGACGGGGAUCCGACAGCAGCGGCGGCCGUGGCUGCAGCCGACGGUGUCAUGCCGGAGGCCGGCAAGGCCGGCAAAAAGGGCGGCAAAAAGGGCGUCAAAAAGGGAAGCACGCGGCAGAUGAAGAAGCCUAUCAAGGACUCCGCGACCAAAAAUAAGUCGGGCAACAAAGAGAACAUGGGUGAGGCUAGCUCAGAACAUUUGUGCACGGCCAUUUUUUGA